AUGCCCUCCAUCCCACCACCACCACCACCACCAUCAUCACAAAAGAAUCCGGUGCGUGUGCUGCGAGACAAGUACAAGGCGAAGGUAGCGAAGUGGGAGAAGUUCUUCGAUGAGGAUCCUCUGGGCCAAAAAAUAGCCGAGCACUACGCCAACCUGCGUGCACUGGUGCAAGAAGCGCGACAACGCAUUCGCAAGGCUCUGGCGAAUUACGUGAAGCAGUUGGAGAACGAGAACUGA